ACUCACCUGCCUGCGCUCACGUUCACCUUUGCUCUACCCUGAACACCAUACCCCUCACAAAUUGAAAAUGGGUACACUUGCAGGGAGAUUUGCAAAACUUCUUCGAGUCUCUGCUACUCCAACGCCCACUUCUUCUCUAGUGCCGGGGUUGCAAAGAAGCUCCAAGUUGUGGUUUGCAACUGGAUCGGGUGGUGGUGACACUGACAUUGAGGAUACUCAGGAAAUAGAAGAAGAGAUUGAGGAUAUUAUUGGAGAAAAUGUUAAGAAGAAUGAGUCACUGCUCCAAGGCGUAAAUCCUGGAAAGGGCUGGCAAUUUCGUGGUGUGCACAAGGCAAUUAUUUGUGGAAAAGUAGGACAAGCUCCAGUGCAGAAGAUUUUAAGGAAUGGACGAACUGUGACGAUAUUUACAGUUGGAACAGGAGGCAUGUAUGACCAAAGAAUUUCACAAAAGGAUGUGGACAAACCGAAACCUGCACAAUGGCAUCGAAUUGCUGUACAUAAUCCUUUUCUUGGGACUUUUGCAGUUCAACAACUUACCAAAAACUGUUCAGUUUAUAUUGAGGGUGAGAUUGAGACAAGAGUUUAUAAUGACAGCCUCAGUGGUGAAGUUAAAUACAUUCCUGAGAUAUGUGUCCGUCGUGAUGGGAAAAUUCACGUUAUGAGGCCAGGAGAAAGCAUUAACAAUAUAUCUGUUGAGGAUCUCCGAAAGGAAUUGCUCUAGCUGUAAGUUGACAUGCACUAUUGCAAUUUUUUAGCACAAAGAAGAGCUUCUUAGGCCUCAUGCUUCGUAAGAUACAUCAAUUGUUUUGGUUAAUCAGGCCAAAUCAAGGCAGACUUCUACUUGUUAUUUUCAAUGCUAGGUGGUAUUGACUUCAACCUUCUUAUCAUUUAGUGAAUGCUUUGCCCAGUUUCCUUCCAUUUUCCUCAGUGUCUUUCUAAUUUCUACAUGGCUAUGGAGUAGGUACAUAUAUGUGUUUAGAGAAUGUAAUCGAUUUUUUGAGUUUUACCCAUGGGAUAACUAUUCAUAUAUUUCUCAGAGCAAUAUAUGAAUGUAUGGUUAAUAUCUGAGGGAUCAUUGGACAAAGUUGAGCAUUUCUGGUUUUUAGUGACCACUUUAAAGGUUAUAUCUCAAAUUUCUUGGAUUUCAUUUCAUCAAAUAUUCAAUAUAUAAGCAAGCAAUAUACCAUGUUUAAUGAUAUACGACAACAAUGAUGUAGUUUCAAAAAAGAAAAAAAAUGCAAUAAUGAUAGCUAGGUUACUAUGGGUAUUAGACAUAAUAAAAGUGUUCUUAAGAUCGGAUAUCAACUCUCCCAUGUGACUCAAUGAAUGGGUAACAUUACU